AAUGUUGGAGACCACCUCCCCACUGUGAGCCCAAAUUUGUGCGUCGGAAAAGAUUGCUUCCCGGGAUUCUGUGUCCCUGACACUGGUCGGUGUGUGUGCACUGCAGGAUUUAGUGGCGAGAAUUGUAAUACAAUCAGUGGAAAAAUCCAGGAGCCCCAAAUUAAGACAGUGCGGAUUUCACUGAGUGGAAUAAACAAGCGACCCUUUAACUAUAGCAACUCUACGGAGACUUCGAACCUUGUCAAUGUAUACACCAAUAAAAUCAACUUGACAGACCUAAUGCUGUCGUGGCAAGCUGAGUACGAAAUGAUGGGAGAUUUACCAUCAAGGCCGUCGUCUGUGUCUGACUUCAACGUAGGGCUGGUUUUGAAUAAAGCUGACAUAGAGGUGGUUUCCAGCGAAGGAACUGUGCAGAAGGAGGCAAGUUUUUCCUGUCCAGUUAAUUCAAGCUCAACCUGUAAUAAAACACACACUCUGGCCAGCCCCAGAAUGCACAACAGCAAUUUGAAAAUAACCCUGGAAGUUAAAAAUGGAGGUUACAAAAUUGUGUCUGGAACCAGAGUCGAGUUUCAGGGUAAAACGGUUCAGCGCCAGAUUAACAUCCGUUAUGAUACCGAGGCUCCGUAUUUCUCCUGCUCUGCUGGUGCAAGGAAAUGUGACGAUGAAGAAAUGAAAAUGAAAGUAUCUCAGAUUAGUACCGAUGGCAAGGUAUUUGUUCAUUCUACACCUUGUGGUCUUUUUG